AUGCCUGGUAUUACUCUCCCCCCAUUCCCUGAAAAUAUUCCGACCCACCCUCUGCUGGUCGUCGACUACGAGCUCUUGAAAGCUGACGACCCCGCCGAGGUCGAGAAGCUCUGGAAAGCCGCUACAGAACUAGGCUUUUGGUAUCUGAAGAAUCAUGGCGCAGAGGAAGAGGCUGAAGGCAUGUUUGAAAUGGGCCGCGAGACUUUUGACCUCCCGACAGAGGAAAAGAUGAAAUUUGAGCAUGGAGCUGGCGAGAAUUCAUUCGGAUACAAAGCAAUAGGGUCUUUGGCGACGAACGAGUACGGUGAUCCAGACAAUGCCGAGUUCGUUAGCAUUGCUAAGGAAGACGCCUUAGCCUAUCCCGAAGUCGUUCGGCGUACUUAUCCUUCGACUGUCUACAAGCACAUGGAGUCCACUGUAACGCCAUUCGCCCGCAAGUCACUCGGAAUAAUCGACACGUGUUACUCUGUAUUCGAGAGGAAACUCGGUCUCCCUGAAGGUGCCAUUCGCGCUUGCCAUCCACUCAUAGGAAAGACCAACUCCGAGUGCCGCACAAUCAAAUACCCAGCGAGAUACGCUUACUCGGAAGGCCCAAUUGAGAAGGACAAAGUCUCCCUUGGUGCUCAUACAGACAUAGGAUCACUCUCGUUCCUGCAUAAUCGACUCGGAGGGCUACAGGUGCUUCCUCCCGGAAGCCCCGACUGGCAUUACGUCCUCCCUAUCCCUGGACACGCAAUUUGUAACAUCGGGGAUGCUCUCGCUCUCUUGUCCGGAGGCGUCUUGCGCUCGAACAUGCAUCGCGUCGUUCCACCGCCUGGUGAACAGUGUCGUUAUACACGUUGGUCGGCUGUGUUCUUCUCUCGGCCAUCCAGCGAUUGUCCACUUCGUGCGCUGGAAGAGGGUACUGUAAUUAAAGAAGCGCUCGCUCAUAUGAGUCCUGAAGAGAGGGCAAAAUUCAAUCCAGGCGCGACGCAGGGCGAGUGGUACACAAGGAGGAUUGAUAACCAGAGGGUCAAGAACAGAAAGACCGUCAAGCUUAGGAUAGCAUUGUGUCCGAGACCUACUCAAAAAUAUCCUGUUGGUGUCGAUUGGACAAAGAAUACCCCACAACAAAUUGGUUGGAGCGAGAAGUACCAAACCGGGGGAACUGGCCAAUGCUGUCGGCUUCUCACCUGUGAUCUGCCCCACGUCCUUGUAGAGAAAGAAAGCGACAAAUUCUGGCAUUGCGGUAUCUUCUUUGCUUACCGUGACUUCUCCCGUGAACGGACUUCAUCGGCGAAGACUUGUUCCUCCUAG